CUCCGGUAUCGCGAGGAUUGGGAAAUUUUUUUAGUCCCUCGUUGUGCACUGCGCGUUAUACUAGCGAACAAUACAGUUGCACGCUAGAGAUGGCUAAAGGUGACCCAAAGAAACCAAAAGGCAAAAUGUCUGCUUAUGCCUUCUUUGUACAAACAUGUCGUGAGGAACAUAAGAAAAAAAAUCCUGAAGUUCCUGUCAAUUUUGCAGAAUUUUCAAAGAAGUGUUCAGAAAGAUGGAAGAAUAUGUCUGGGAAGGAAAAAUCCAAGUUUGACGAAAUGGCAAAAGCUGAUAAGUUGCGGUAUGACAGGGAGAUGAAGGAUUAUGGACCAGCUAAAGGAGGGAAAAAAAAAAAGGAUCCUAAUGCUCCCAAACGGCCCCCGUCUGGCUUCUUCCUGUUCUGUUCAGAAUUUCGCCCCAAGAUAAAAUCUACAAACCCUGGGAUAUCCAUUGGGGAUGUAGCAAAAAAACUUGGUGAGAUGUGGAAUAAUCUAAGUGAUAGUGAAAAGCAGCCAUACAACAAUAAGGCAGCAAAACUGAAGGAAAAGUAUGAAAAGGAUGUUGCUGAUUAUAAGUCCAAAGGAAAGUUUGAUAGUGCAAAGGGAACAGCUAAAGCAUCCCGGAAAAAAGUAGAGGAGGAGGAAGAAGAGGAAGAGGAGGAAGAAGAGGAAGAUGAUGAUGAAUAAAACUGUAUUAUUUGUCUUAAGUACCAUGGAGUUGGGGAAACACUAAAGCACCUUUAUUGAUACAGUUUCUACUGCAUAUGUAGCAUUUAGCUUUUAAAAUUGGAAACAGGUGCUCUAGACAUUUUUUGUCAUGGAUGUGAGGUGUUAUGAGCACCUUGAAACUGUAUCAAAGUUGUACAUAUUUCCAAACAUUUUUAAAAUGAAAAGGAAAUUUAGUGUUUUCCUGUCUCUGUGCACUUUGCUGUUGCUAUAACAAAACAUUUUUAAAAGUUACAGGCUUUUGUGUGUGGUAAUUAUGGUUAUUGGUUAGAAAUCCCAGGUUGUAAACUUAUACUCUCUCUGUAUAUCUGGAAGGGAGGGGGUAUGUACAUAUCUCCACACACCCAUAUAAAUAUAUGCCUACAUGUAAGUAUACAUACACCAUAUAUACAUAUAUGUGGGGGGGGGGUGUGUGUUUAUAUGUACUAGACAAAUUCUCAUAAAUAUUUGGAAUUAUGACACCUUAGAAAGGGAAGAUUAAUUUGGAUAUUUCAUUAGGUGCCGUGGCCCAAAGCAUGCACUGUUAGAGUAGCUUUAUACAAUGAUUGUCCAUCUAGCUUACAGUUGUCAUUUUGUAUAUAGUGAAAUAGCAGUCUGCUGCCAUUCUUAGAUGUGGCAAGGGGGUAGGGUUUCAGCUGGCAUGAAAAAUGGUUUUUUGGUUGUGGUUGUUAAAUGCUGUCGUUUUAAAAAUGGGAACUUUUUUAGAAAAUUAAAAGGGACAAUGCAGCAAUGGAAGUUAAAACAUAUUCUGUACCUAAUAUUUGAAACAUUUGGUUGACCUUUUUUUUGUAUGUUUAGAAUGCUAAAAUGUUUUCCAAACUAAAUAAACAGUAUUAACAUUUUUAAAUUGUUUUUUACAAGAUUGAGAACUGAUGGUAAUUUUUUAAGUAGACAUCAAAACCAUUUAUUUACUGGCUUAUUGUAGGAUUUUUAGUAGAACAGAAAGAGAUCUUAGGGAUCAGCUGAUGUAAAACUUAUAAAUAAAACAUUAUAAUAAAAAAUAUUGUAAACUAAACUGAUGAGGUUUCUCCAACUCCAAAUCAUAAAUAUGGUAGCUAACUCUGGUAUCUAAUUAGCUUAAUAGGUGACUUUGGGUACUUUAUUUAUAGGCUACCAUUGGGCUAAUGCGCAAAAUUAAAAUUUAUUAGUUUCUACUAAAAACCAAAAUGACGAGACUUGUCUGAAUUUAUUUAAGAUAUGUCAAGUAGAAUGGAUAGUCUAAAUCUGUUGCUAUCUCCAUUUUGACGUGAUUUUUUUAAAAAUAUGGUAAAUUAUUUUAGUUCAUUUUUUAUAUUCUUGCUUUUUGGAAAGAGAUGAGAUAAAAGCUUGAUUAGUCCACUUCAAAUUGUACUUACAGCUUAUUCCACAUGUGUAUAUAAAGAAGAUGAGGUUUAAAGUAACAAUUGUCAGUAUUAUAAUGGGUCAAUUCAUGAUAGAAAUUUAAAAUUUUAUGUGUCACAUAGGUUGGCUAGUGUAUAUUUUAGUUUGAAGUAUUUGCAGCAUUAGAGCAAAUGAAAGCACACAAUCUACAGAAGUAAGAUGGUUGUAAGUAACAGCAUAAGUUAUCAAAAAUUUCAUAAAGUUUAUGUUUAAAAUUGGGAGGGUAAUUCACUUAACAUCACUGCAGAAUCUCAUAGUGCUUUGUCAUUUAUUCAUAAACAAAAGUUUUCAAAUUCUUAUUUGAACAUAAUAUUUCAGCAUCAGAAUUAGUGAUGUUACCUUCAAUAAAUAGCUUUAUUGUGCUAAAUAAAUCUUCAUGUUGUAUUAGAACAUAAAGUAGAUAACCGACAUUUAUUAUUGUACAUAGUACUGUUACAAUGUGUGUUGUGUGUCGACACUAUCCAAAAUCAAGCUAGACUUCCUUCCUGACCACUUGGAGACUAAUCUGUUCCUAAUUUGUUAUCCACUGACUAUCUGGUUUAUCUACUGAAAUCUAAAUAGUUUUAAUCUUAAAAAUCUAAAGUGUUAGUGUAAAAUAUAUAAACUGUUUUCAACUAGGGAGAUAAGCGUUCAUAAAUGUAGUUUUAUAUUUGUAAAGUCUGUCUAGCCUUCCAGUUUCCAAACCUUGAAACAGUAUGUAAUCAACAUUCCUUUGCUAUUUUUGGAUUAGAUCUGUGAUUUCCUCAGAAUUGGACCACUUGAACCUAGGUCUGCCUGACUCAGGGGCUGGCUUUUAAUCCAUGAAGCUACUAUUUUUUAAUUAUAAUGCAGAAAAACAGAAAUUGACAUCACAUUCAUUAUGGCAGUUCCAUAGCAUUCCAGUGUAUAUAGAAGAACAUGAAUUUCUCAGUGCACGUUAUUUUUUUAUAUAAACAUCACAAUCAUGAACUGUAUUAGUAUUCUUUAAUAUACAUAGGUAAGGAUUGCAUAGUUGAAAUCAUAUGGAUGAACUUUCUGGGAUAGAGUAGUCAUUUUUAUAUGAAUGACAUUAAUCCAUAAAUAGGACAGUGAUGUGUAUCUCAUCUUUUUAGGUAUACUAAUGCCCCAGUUAUUUUGAAAAACAUUGACAUUUCUUUCAAAUCAACAUGUAAAUUACUUUUCAAAGUUCUGAACUUUUUAACUUGCCAAACUAAAAAAAAUUACAUAAUUUCUACAAUUUUAAUAUCAAAACUAGCUUAUUUUCAUAUGACUUCAUAGAAAAAAAGUUUUAAUUUUUCAAUUUGAAUUACAUUUAUAUGUUUUAUAUAUGAAGGGCAGCUAAGUGGUACUGUGUAUUUAAAACUGAAUCUGGAAUCAAGAGAUUGACUCAUAUGACUUGAUAUUUACUAGCUCUGUUACAUUAAGUCACUUAAGCACUGUAUGCCUUAGUUUUCUCAUGCAUAUGAUGGGAAUAGAAAUAACACCUUGCAGGAUUGUUAUGAGAUUAGAGACUUCUAAAGAGAGAGUAUUUAUAAAGUUAGCAAGAAUUAUAAUUAUAUAUUGAUAAGCAGUUACAAAUGUCACACCUGUUGAAAUCUCUGCCUCAGGUUUUCCAACAUAUUUGAAAACUCUUUAAUAAGAUUCUGAUAUUAUAAAUUCAAACUGUAAUUUGAUCUCCUGAAUUUUGUUUAAAGACUAAACCAACUACUUCAUAAAUAAAGACCAUUACAUUUUUUCUGGUUUGAAAAAGAGGUGUGGUGCCUAUUGAGGUUUCCUUCUCAAGAUCAACAUACUGUACAUUAUUUAAUAUUUAUUGUAUCAUUUGCUCAGUAUGCAUAUUUUCUAAUCUAGUAUUUUCUACAACGAUGUAACUGAUAAAGUUUGGGGUCUCCAGAAGGCUCUUGACUAUGAACUGACCUUAUAUGUGAAAUCAUAGGUUUGUAGGUGAUAAGAGUUAUCAUAGUUCAAGCGUGGAUGACAUUGUUUACCUAUGGUGAAUUUCAUGGUUUGUGUAAUAUUCUGAAAGGGAAAAUACCUUCACAGAGUGAUUAGGUAUACCUCCCAAAAAUGAACAUUAAGAUGUCUCUGUAGGCUUGUCAGACUUAAAAUCUUUAGCACAUAAUACAAAUAUAAAAAAUGUGCCAUUUGCUAUUUAUAUUUUUCACUUUUUAUUCUUUUUUCAAAAGGUCAUCUCCCACUUUCCUUUGACAGACAUCACUGCCAUUAUGUAUCCUCAAUAAUUGCAGAAAUCUAAAGAUCUAUAGACAAAUCUUUUUUUGGAACUUUGAAUCUGGUUUUCAAUAAGAAUAUUCAAAAAUUUUAGAGUUGGAGGAUGGUUAUUUCUGAAAUGUAAAAACUAGCAAAUGUGAUCAGUGAUUGACUGAAAGUCAGAUAUUUGGGUAAAAUGACUUAACCAUGUUUUUCUGUUUCCUUAUGUAUAAAUGAGCGAGACAAAGAAAUGACAAACCACUCCAGUAUCCUUACCAAGAAAGCUACAAUUAGGGUCAUGAAGAGAAAGACACAACUGAACGCAAAUUUAUUAAGUAUUAAGUUUACUGCUAAUUUGUGUGUACUCUUGUCAUAGGUUAAAAGUAUCUCAUAUGAAAUAAAAGAAAUUGUACCUCCUGAAUCAGUUAAGAAUUAUCUUAAAAGACAAGGCAAAAAAUAAGCCCACAAUUAUUGUAUCCAUAACUUUCCUUAUCCACUGAAGAUUAUAAAAAAUAAAAAUCAUUAUUAAUGAUUCAGAUGAUGAAGUCACAAUGAAUUAAUCCAACUUGACCAAGCCUCAGUUCUUUUCUGAUAUUAUUCUUAAUGGUAGCAAUUGCCCUUCCCUUUGAAUAAACAUUAUAUCAACUAUGAAACUUAAAACCAUGAGUGACUUCUCUAAAUCACAACCAAAAUGUUGCAAAAUCACUAAUUUUCAACGCUCAACUAUUUCAUAACAAUUUUAUUAAAUCAGCUAUAGUUUAAUGUCAGUUCUUCAGUUAAUUUAUUUGUGCUGAAUCACAGACACAAUUCCAAUGUUAUAGUAACAAAAUGAGAUUAAAUAAAAUAAAGAUAAUUCUUAACUGAUUCAGGAGGUAUAAUUUCUUUGUCUAGCUAAUUUAUACAUCAGGAAACAAAGAAACAUGGUUAAGUGCCUUGCCCGGAAUCACACAACUCAGAAGGGUUUGAGGUCAGAUUCAAUCUCACAGGGAUGAGUCUUUCAACUCCAGGCCAUGUGCUGUAACGACUGGGCCCUGACUUAAUUAACUCAUCAAGCAAAUACGUUCUAAUCAGCUAAAUUUAGAACUGGAAAAGUAGUUGAGAAUUUGUAGUUGAAAAUCGAUAAAGGUUCGUGUUUUUAUAAAGUUCAUUUCAGUCAGCUUUCCAGCAACUGAGGGGUAUGUACUGGAUUUUUUAAAAAAAACUCUUAUGAGCCCCAAGUUUUUGGUCUUCAACAAUGACAGUAAUAAUUACAAAACAUUCUGUGACCAUAUUGUUCAGUAGAUCUACAUAGUACUAUCUGCACUAUGGUUUUCUGUUGCCCAUACCUAACAAAAACGGUUUGUGGGAGGAGGGAAAAAGGAUGAGAAUGAAAGAAUUUUACCAUAUAUACAAAUUUAUUCUC